CAUGAUUGAAAAGCUGCAGAGUAGCCACAGGGGAAGAGGAUCCAGGACCCAAGGGUGACAGCUAGGUAAGCAGGACUGUGGCCUCACCGAUGACGACCCAGUCCCACAACACGCAAACAAGGAAGGUGGAGCUGGUCUGGUGGUGGUAGCCAAUAUGAUAAGCAGUCCAGCAAUUCUCAGGCACGUCCAUAGGCAGGUCAGUGCAUGGGUCAGGAUCAUUUGGAACUGUGGGGUACAUGGCUGUGCACAGGCAUGACAGCAGCACAGCUCAGGCUGGGAGCAGGAACAGGUGCUUCAGUUAAAAUGCAGCAUAUGAAAGAGAGGGAAACCCUGGCUGAGGCUUCCUCCACCUCUUUCUUCACAGCAGUCUAAAUCACACUGCCACCUGCACCCUACUGUGGAGCUGGCCUUGAGCACAGGCAGCUAAAAUCCUGGCAGUGGGAAAUGCAGUCUGGGCUCUGGCACUUCCCUGCACCUGCCUAGAAGCUGUGCUUUCCUUGCCUCGAUUUCUCCACAUGCGCACAAGCCCAGUGCUUCUUGCCCUUAUUGUAUCUCUCUGUGGUGCCUGAUUCAUGCCGCUGAGGGCAGCUCAGCACUCGAUAGCCUGUAGACAUAGUGCCCUGCUGCUGCCAGCUGGCUCUCCUGGCAGCACGUGCAGCUCCAGAGCACAGUGCCUCCUGGCCGCCCUGACACAACGUAAGCCUAUUUAUAGCACUGUACCUCUCAAUGCACCCAAGGACAUUUGCCUACAAGUGCUUCUUAGUGACAGGACAGCAGGAAGUGUUUUGCCACAGUUCAUCGCAAACUCGCUUCUUUCCAUGGUCCUCUCGCUCAUCACAACUGUGCGGACCAUUCAGAAGGCCUGCAGACCAAGCUUGAAAAUGCAAGGUCAGCUUGGGUUUAAGUCUCAAAGUGGUUGCUGGUUGUAGACUUUCUCCCAGCUCAGCCACUGCUGACUAUGUUGGCUUGGCUGGGUCACUGGAAAAUCCCCAAAGGCCUCAGGAUGACAAAAAGACACAUCCUGAGAUCCAGCUGUUGGGGAAGGGCAAAUGUCCAGUCAUAACUUCUCUGCCUGGACUUGUUUGUUGACAGUGUCACCAGUAGAGACCUGUAACCAGAAGGUAUGUGGGCUGUGACAGCUGAGAGAUGUGGCAGCCCCCGUGGCAGGAGCAAGGGUUCCUCCAUGUGGUUUUCACAUGUAGUACAUGCUGGUGUCUUGCACAUCCAUGAUGCAGAUUUUUCUUUGCAGGCCAAUCUGGCUUUUGCUCCAGCUGCUUUGCUGCCGGGAGCAUCUCCCAAAAGCCCUGGUUUGAAAGCCCUGGUUUCUCCAUUCAGCACCCCCCCCUCAACGCCCAGCAGCCCAGGGAUUCAGUCUCAACCCGGUGAAGUGAAUGAGACACCAGUCAGCUUUGAUCAACCACCAGAAGGCACUCAGCUGCAAUUCUAUAACAAGGUGCGAACACGGGGAUCAAUAAAGCGCAGGCCUCCCUCCAGGAAGUUCCGAAGAUCUCUUUCUGAGUAUGGAGAUGCGGAAGAUUUAGGGGUCAACAUCAUCUCUCCAGAAAAUGGUGCCAAGGAAGAUGGAGAUGAGGUGUUUGGGCCCACAGGCAAGACAGAAGAGGCAGAAAAAACAGGGAGCAAAGAGAAAAAGAAACAGAUGGGAUCUGAUGAAAAACCCCCGUCAAGGAGAGGAUCCCACAGAUCAGAAGAUGAAGAGAAAGGGGGGAAACAGGCUGAGGAAACAAGUCCUUGCAAGAAUAAUGCAGGGUAUACAAAGGAGGAGGAGGUGUGUCAUGAUGCCCCAAAGGAGGAUAACCCUCCCCAGCCUCCCUCUGGAGACAAGGAGAAGGCGUGCCAGGGUACCCCGGGAGAACAGCAGCAAAGCACUGCCUAUGAACAGGAAAAGGGGGAUAAGGAGAAAGAAGAAGCUGAAACUGAAGCUGAAGUGAAGGAGACUAGCGAGAGCACAGAUGCACGGGGAAUAUCAGACACUGAAGAAACACCACUGGCACCUGAACCACUGCAGGAUGCUGUGGGCUUAGAGACUGCUAGUGAGUCUUCAACAUCAGCCACGCAGGACUAGGCCACAGCAUAACUGUGACACACAGGACACACCCAAUCAGGGCGCAGGAGACUUAACGUGUGCAUAGGAGCCAUCUAACCCAAUCAAGGUGGAAGCUACUGGAAAACCUUCCAUGGCAGGAAAGGAACAGAAUAUGGAUAGCCUCCACGGUCCACAUUCAUCCUGGAGCUGAGUAGCUGUUUACUGGCUCUCUGUUUUGCACCAUCAUAUCUUGGGACAUUCAAAACAAGAGACUGGCUUGCAGUGCUUCGGAGUUCGAAACUGAGGUGUUGGCUGGUGUUCCUUGGUGACACCUGGAAACUGAGUGACCUGAUAUGUGCUGUUCUGGAGCUAACAGACACCACCACUCCUGAGCCCUCUGCUCCUUCAUCCUGCUGCAAUAUGUCUUUUUCUUCUCCCCUGCAUUGGUCUUAGAUGAAGUUCAUCAGUUACAUACACACAUACAUGUAUGGUGCCUUUUUGGUAGCUUCUUUUGAAAUAUUUUGGGUUUUCGAAUAUCAGUAAGUAAUACUUUAAAAGUAGGAAAAAAAUUUGUUUUCUCCAUAUAUGCUGUAUGGCAGACAAUGUGAAUCCUAAAUAAGGGGAAAACUCUUAGAUCGUUGUUCAUAAAGCAUAAAAUCCCUUUGGAGUGGAGGUCGAGCUGGCUGAUCUGUGAAACAGCCAGCUGUGGUAGGCAUUUUUUCUGUGUGCUUCAACGUCGGGGUUUUUUUAGUGCUGAGGGAAAGUAGCAACCAACAGAUAUGAUGCACAGAAAAGAUGUGCUGCGUAGGUCAACAGGGCAAGUUUUCUUAUACAGCUCUGGGCUCCAGUCAAGAUUUAUUAAGGACACUUUUCCAUCAGUCUUUCUCAUUUCCAGACCCUAUCCAAUCUUUUGAUUUUCUUUUGAAACUUCCCGUGGGUGGCCACCAAGUGGCACUUGUGAUAGAAAGCAUUCUGAAAACAGCUAAUUAAUUUUAUGUAGGUCGAAGAAGAGAUUUCAGAUGGCUGAGUUUCCAGUCAUCUGUCCUGACUGAAUAUGAAUUGGUGAAGGUCAGACAUUCAGUCCCUCUAGGCAUUAUAUUAGAUUUGCAUACACUCUUGGGUUACUAGUUAAGCCAUGGUUCUAGAGUGGCUAAGCCAAAAAAGCUUUUACAUCUGGAGAGUAUUUGUUGCCCAUAAGAAAUAAGUUGUUUGGGGAAAGGCAGAUAACAGACCCUCACCUGAACAGUUUCCUGACAGUAGUGCUUGAAGCUGUAUUUGCUAUUCUGAAUCUAGAGCUCUUGUCUCUAGGCCAUGGGGCUUGCAUCCACAACCUGACAUGGACAUGUGGACCAGCCUGGUCUCACUGAUGACAGCGAGUGGGACUUGUCAGAAGCUGAUCCAAGGAGUCAGAUAGCUGUAAGGUGCUGUGAAUGGUCAGGGUCCAGUGCUUGAACCUAUCACCAGCCAUCUAGUACCCAGCAACACAGACGCUAUAGAGUCCUAGGGCAGAACCAGCCAGCUCCUCUUCAUCCAUCACACAGCUCCUCCUAGCAAACAUUAAGCUGAGCAGAGUCAGAGGCUUGGGUUAUUCCUGUCCCUGUGGACAAGCACAAGCAUCUUACACAGCUCAGCUCACAUCCAUCCUUGAGUAGGCUCUGUAACAGCAGUGUUAGAAACCCAAUGGUUUUGAGGGUUAUUUGAGGGAUAUCCCCUGUUUACCAGGUCUGAAAUUAAGAGGAAAGAAGUCACUCUGUGCCCUGCCUUUCUUUUUGCCAGGUGAGGACACUGAGGUGUCAUUUGCUGAGAGCCAGCAGUGUUGCCCCUCCUGCGUAGCACAGGCUUGUUGGAAAAAGCAACCCCCAAUCAUUUUGAGCCAUGUUGUGGAGCAUUGUUGCCUUUGAAUCCAUUUUAAUCUGUUUGUUAAAGCUUGUAUUCCAGGGCAGGCUGCAAUCAUCCGCUAUACCAUUUCUUCUCUCAGCAGUGUCCCAUCUGGAUGUGAGUGAUUGUGCCUUACUGUAUAUAUAGAUGUAUGUGUGCCUGUUCAGAGAAUGAGUAUCUGUGUCCCGAGCAAGAGAAUGGAAAUCCGAAGGAGAAACAGAAGAAAUAAAUGAAUGGUGGAAUGAAACCAAACCAAA